AUGCAGCCAGCCAUGCAGCCAGCCGGGCUAUGCAGCCAUGCAGCCAUGCAGCAUGCAAGCCGUGGCGAGAACCCCCGUCGUUAUAACUUUGCGCUUUUGCCCUGCGCGCGCCCGCCUGAUUCUGCCGAGCUCGCAUCCCGCAUCCGCAUCAUCAUCAGCAUCAGCAUCAGCAUCAGCAUCAGCAUCAGCAUCAGCAUCAACAUCCGCACCAGCACCAGCAUCACCAGCAUCAUCAUGGCUCUGGAGGCGCACCUCACGGCGCCCAACGGCGUCCAGCUGACCCUCCCCACCGGGCUGUUCAUCAACAACGAGUUUGUGCAGGGGUCGGCGGCGCACAAAAUCACCAGCGUCAGCCCAAGCUCCGGACUCGAGAUCUGCGCCGUCGAGGCCGCGUCGGCGGACGACGUCGACCGCGCCGUGGCGGCGGCCCGGGCGGCCUUUGCCGACGCCUCGUGGCGCGGGCUGGCCGGCGGCGCGCGCGGCGCCCUCAUGCUCCGCCUCGCCGAGCUGGUCGAGCAGCACCGCCGGGAGCUGGCCACGCUCGAGACGUGGGACAACGGCAAGCCGUACGCGGUGGCGCUGGGCGAGGACCUCGUCGAGGUGGCCGGCUGCCUGCGCUACUACGCCGGCUGGGCCGACAAGAUCCACGGGCAGACCAUCCCCACCGCGGCGCCGGCGGCCAAGCUGGCCUACACGCUCAAGCAGCCCGUCGGGGUGUGCGCCCAGAUCAUCCCGUGGAACUACCCGCUCGCCAUGGCCGCGUGGAAGCUGGGCCCCGCCCUCGCGGCCGGCAACACCGUCGUGCUCAAGCCCGCCGAGCAGACGCCCCUGUCGAUCCUGUACCUGGCCGCGCUGGUCCGCCAGGCCGGCUUCCCGCCCGGCGUGGUCAACGUGCUCAACGGGCUGGGCAGGGAGGCCGGCGCCGCGCUGGCCUCGCACCCGGGCGUCCGCAAGGUCGCCUUCACCGGCUCCACCCCGACCGGCAGGGAGAUCAUGAAGGCGGCCGCCGGGUCGCUCAAGAACGUCACCCUCGAGACGGGCGGCAAGUCGCCGCUGCUGGUGUUUGCCGACGCCGACGUCCAGCAGGCCGCGCGCUGGGCCUACGUCGGCAUCAUGAGCAACCAGGGCCAGGUGUGCACCGCCACCUCGCGCCUCCUGGUGCACCGGCCCGUCGUCGGCGACUUUGUGCGCGAGUUCCUCGACGUCCUCCGGUCGUCGGUCAAGAUCGGCGACCCCUUUGCCGAGGACACCACGCACGGCCCGCAGGUUUCGCAGGCCCAGUACGACAAGAUCCUGGCCUAUAUCGAGUCGGCCAAGAGCCAGGGCGCCAAGCUGGAAGCAGGCGGCUCUUCCGCGCGGAGCGCCGUCGGCGGCAGCGGCGGCGGCGGCAACGACGGCAGCGGCAGCGGCCUGGGCAACGGCUUCUUCAUCGAGCCGACCGUCUUUUCCAACGUGACGCCCGACAUGAGCGUCUUCAAGGAGGAAGUGUUUGGCCCCCUGGUCACCAUCACGCCCUUUGAGGACGAGACCGAGGCGGUCGCCUUGGCCAACGAUUCCAUCUACGGGCUGGGGGCCGCCGUGUUUAGCCAGAACAUUGAGCGUGCGCACAGAGUUGCUGCCGCGCUCGAGGCCGGCAUGGUGUGGGUGAACUCGUCCAACGACUCCGAGAUCCAGGUGCCCUUUGGGGGCGUCAAGCAGAGCGGCAUUGGGAGGGAGCUGGGCGAGGCGGGACUGGCCGCCUAUACCGAGACAAAGGCUGUGCAUAUCAAUUUGGGGUCCAAGCUGUAA